AUGACCAGCAGCAACCAACACUCCACGCUGGUAUCCCCGCCUCCCGUGCGCGCCGACAACCUCACAGCGUUCAAGUACGCCUGCGGUAUGAAGAAACCGAAUUGGGCCAUGUCCCCCUUCGACCUCCCCGAUCCGCGCGACGAGCGUCGCAGAAGCUCAUCCGUGCACUUCUCGAUUGAUCCCAGGACGGCGGAUUCGAGACAACUAAGACAGAUUGUUAGCAAUCUCGUCCCUGAAGCGACACUCACACAAGCCUCCGGAGAAGAUGAAGAAGAAGAAGAAGAAGAAGAAGAAGCAAACAAAGGCGCAGUCGUUCGAGUCCACAGCUAUUCCCGAAUGAUGCACGCGCAUACCAGACAACAAAUCGAUCAUAUGUCCUCUCCCAAACCUCACUCCUUGCCGAACUAUCAAAAGUCUAUGCACGCACUCACUUUGGAUCAGAUCAAGCUUCCGCAUAACAGCAUCGUCGCCCAUCGUCGGGUUUCUUCCGGCGAAACAGGCUCCCUUCAUAUCAAGGCCCAGCAAUCUAUCCUGCCCUCUCCGGUCUGCGUGGAUUUGAAUCAGUUGACUAUUGACGAGGCGCCGGUGCCGCCUUGUAACAGUCCUAGUCCAGGGGAGAGGAUACUGAUUGAUGAGAGGAAAGGGAUGAGAGGGAGGAGUACGACGCAGCCUGUCCCGAGGGGGUAUGUUGGGUCGACGAGGCAGAAGGGGCUCGGUGUUGAUGCUGGUGCUGUAUGAAUGGAAUGAGUAUGGCGUCGAGAAUGAAUCCAAUCUACUACAUUGAAAUAUGAUGAUAACGAUGACAGAAAUACAGAUGCGAGUUCGUCGUACCAGGCACCAUUGAUGAGAUGGUGGCCUGGAUUCCUGCAUACUCAGGCUUAUGGCAAUUGAAGCUUAAGACACCACCCCUUGAACGCGUAUCCUAGUCUUUGUAAACAAUGCCAGGCAGACACAAAUGCUCUUCAAAAAGCAGAGACACCGCACUCACAUUCCAUCGCUCUGACAAUUUCCCAAGGACAGGACAUCUCAGUCAAGCAGCCCUUAUCAUGGCCGUCCCAAACCGAGAAAUCUACGCAGUUGAGCGCGACGACUUCACUGACCAAUCAUGGAACGACAGCACCAACGCCAUCUCCCUCCACGAUAGCAUAGCAGCUGCCGUCACGGCCGCAGAGGAACACACGGAAGAAAUGGCCUUCUUCGCGUCGUAUCCUCAGGAAGUGAAGCGGUGGUCACCUUUCGGCAAUGGUCGUGACGGGACCCACUCACACAGACUGCAGUACAGCAACAUGGAAGAGUUGCGACAGGAGUCCAUCGUGAGGGUGAAGAAACGGGAAGAGAGAGUGAUGAAAGGCUCGAAGCUUCGAGGACAGCCGAAUCAGCGUGUUUUGGAGAAGAAUCGAUGUGGGUUUAAGGUUGGGAUUCCAGUUGGGCGGGCUGGAUGUCUUCAAAAUCUCGGGAUGAAGGCGAAGCGUAUUUUGGUUGCCAUUCUGCCUUUUUUUUUCGAAUUUUCCCAUCUCCGGCAGAAGCGAUGCUAACAGACGCUGGUCGAGUCUCCCUUUGUGGAGAGUUGGAGACACUUUCACGCCGGGCCGCGGAGCACGCGGUUGAAUUGUACGGCGGGAGGUGUGUGAACACUCUGUCCCUGGCGGACUACGCGGUGGUCGGCAGGAAGGCGUGUCCAGAUGUGAGUGAGGACGUCCGAUGCCAACAGACAACAGACGUGGAUGCAUGGAUUGGAGACUAACACCGAUGGAUGGCAGGAAUUGGAGUGGUUGAGGAAGGCUGGUGCAGAGACGCCCGAUGAGCAAGGCUUUUAUAGCCUGCUAAAGCAAGGAGUGCCCAAGGAGAAAGCGAUGAGAGAUGUUCGGUACGAAGACGGUCGUGGGCUUGUGCAGGUUCCUGAGGAUGAGGUAGGUGAAGUAGUCGAGUUGGACGAGGUUGUAGAGGUUUGGGAUGAAGCCCCCGUCGGUCUUGAAGAGGCCUGA